AUGUCUCCAGCUCCAACAUCGAGCUCCACCCUGCCUGCCCCACAGGCCUCCGCAUUGUCCCCAGCUACUCACGACGAGCACAGCACACCACAGCAAAGCAGCACAACAACACAAAACGAGUCCUCGAGGACAAAGGUCAAGCCGCAGCGCAAGCCCCUACUUCGCCUCGAGCUCCGAGAUCUAUCAUCAGACGGCUCCCGCGCGUUCCUCCGCCUCGUACAUGCCUCCUCAGCUCUCGUGUCUGCAGUCGACACUGUCUUACGUCUACUCUACACCGACAUUGAGAAGUCAUGCAUACCGCCUACAAGAUCAAUCACAUUGGUGCUUCGAGACAUGGACGGUGUAGCGUACACGACCGGUCUCGACAUCGAUGACGACCACAAAGAAAUCCACCUCAGCACCAAAUACAUCGAGCACGUCGCAGAGUCGAGGCAAAAGGAAGAGAUAAAUGGUGUUCUCGUACAUGAGAUGGUACACUGCUGGCAGCACCAUGGCGGCAACACUGCGCCUGGGGGCUUGACAGAAGGUGUGGCUGAUUGGGUGCGUUUAAAGGCAGGCUAUGCGCCCCCUCAUUGGAGACGCAGGGGCGAUUGCGAUUGGGAUGUUGGAUAUGAACGUACGGCAUACUUCCUUGAGUGGCUGGAGAAGGAGCAUGGCGAUGAUGUGGUGAGGAAGAUCAAUCAGGCGCUGAGGGGCUGCAGGUAUGAUGCUAAGAAGCUUUGGCAUGAUUGCUGUGGGAAAAGCAUCGAGAAGUUGUGGGAAGGAUACAAGAGGAGCUUGGAGUGCGACGAUGACGAGAGACAAAAGACAGAGGACGCCACGAGAACAAGAGAACCGCAACAAGAGCAGAGUGCUUCGCACGAAGAAAAGCCGCAGAGCGAGGAUGUGUCAACUGCGUCAACAGAGGAUCACAGGACACUGCGCGAAAAAGCACGGCGAGGCGGCAAUAUGAUGGUACCAGUGCGUCCAGGUAUAUCGUGA